AUGCAGUCCGGAGAUUUGACUAGCCUUAUGCCCGCCUCCUCUCUUUCGAUUUCUUCGACGGUUCCCCCGCCACGUGGUCGACGUAACAUCACAAGGCUCUCCAUCAUCCGACCGCUACGAUUCAACACCCCUUCGGGAACCCGGCCGCCGGACGGUCGGCAGGACAAGCUCGCCGGAGUCCGGGCGAUCCGGCCACCAGGUCCAACUGUUUCUAUUAGGCCGGCUAGUCUGCUCUAUCGGGCUCCUACUGCGCUCCAUGGUACCGCGUCGCACCUCUUACGUCACAUCCUUCGCGCAUCAUCUCCGGCUGCUUCUCCGACGGCCAAACCUCCGCCGGGAUCACCCGUGAAAUUCCUCUCCUUGCCCACUAAAGGCUCUCACCAACCGCGUGGGCCACUAUUCCGAAAUGACGCUGUUUUGGACGGAUUCUUACUCAACAAUGGGGGCUAUCUCGAUGAUAGCGAGUCGGAAUCCGAGCCCGAUGAUUGCGAUACUCCCGACCCUUCCGUCCUAGAUCUUAACAAACAAUCGGGCCAUUCACUCAACCAGGCCAACAAAUUUUCAGACCUAUCACAAUCGCGAUCUUCUCUCAACAGCUCCAUCUUAUACUUCUGA